AUGAUUGAUCCACUAUCCGUGGCGGGCCUGACCAUCGCAGUCGUCGAUGCGCUGAUCAAGCUUGGAGAAAGGACCGGAGAGCUUAUUUCGGAUGCAAAUGCCUUUGAGAGCGACUCGAAUGAACUGCCAAACCUGGUGAAUGACGAGAAUCUCCAAACUAAACUCAUCCGCAAUCUGCUCUUUUCUGAGUGCAUGGUGUACGGUGGUAAAACUCUGUUUGAGCAAUUUGACCCCGACAUCCAGCGGCAGAUCGAGCUUCUCUGCGUCGAAAUCAAAUCCAUUCUGCAGGAAGGCAUCGACCUUCUUGAGCGUCGAUAUGGAAUAACCAAAGAGCAUCAUGAUACUUGUAAAGAGUCGCCAACUACUUCUUUGCUGAACGUAUCUACCUUGACGCUUUCGCGAAAUCGGUCAACCUCGUCUGGUUCAUUAGCCAGCCUAUCGUGGGGUCGGACCAGCCCUUCUCUCCCAGGGCUUCUCAGAUGGUCUCUACGCGACAAGAAGCGAGUGGAGGCUAUUCUGCAAUCGUUCAAGGAUCGCAAUUCCCGAUUGAAAAAGAAGGUAGAACUCUGGUGUCUUGCAUCGCAACUGGGUGUCUCACCGGAGCAUUUGAUGCAUCUUCAAACGGACGAGUCAUCGAGGAAACUCGGUUUUGAUCAGGAUGCUUCGCUGCGUCUAGCUCAGUGGGACGCAGGCAAAAUGGCCAACUCCCUAGAGCUCCUGGAUCCUUCGUGGGACUCGUAUCUGAAAGAAAUCCACCCCAUCGAUAACCAGGGUAUGUUCGCCAUGUUCACAAAGGAUAAUGUUGCCUAUAUCCAGGAGAAUCAUCAUUACGAUGCCAUGGCCUCACCAACCACGGCUGGGCAAGACGUCGAUGCACGGACAAGAGGGCGGAUCGAAUCACUCGCCAAGCUUUUGCAUCAACCAAAGGAGCAAGUAUUCCGUGUCCUUCCUUGUGUGGGAUGGAAAUAUCUGCCUCGUCAAAGCUCGAUCGCCUUUGUCUUUGAGGUUCAGCCCAGGCCUAUAGGGGCCCCUGUCAGUCUCCAAAGGCUCCUCCUCAACAACGACCUUCGUCCAGAACUCGGAGACAAGUUUCGCCUUGCUCUGGGCCUCUCAAAAUGCAUCGCUCAGAUGCACAUGGUUCAAUGGCUACACGAGAGUUUCCGAAGCGACAAUAUCCUGCUCCUCCCUCAUCAUGUCGACGAUGAAAAGACAGGUGCUCGUGUCGCAGUAAAUUAUCCAGAGCCAUGGGUGCUUGGGUUCGAGUUCAGUCGUCCGGAGCCUUUUUUCUCUGUGGGGCAUUCUGACUUUGAGCCGACGCGCGACAUCUACCGCCAUCCGGACCGCCAAGGCCAGCCGAUGGAGAUGUUCAAGAAGAUCCACGAUAUCUACGCGCUUGGAGUCGUGUUGUUGGAGAUUGGGCUGUGGGAGCCAGCCGUCAAACUGGAGAAGAACAUGUUCACUCAUGCGAAUAAUCCUCGUGCCGUCCAAGCGCAGUUGAUCAAACAUGCCCAAAAGAGGCUUGAGUCACGUGUUGGGAGAAGGUACAAAGAGGUCGUCAUGAAGUGUCUCACGGGGGACUUUGGUGUAGAGGAUGAUACGAAGGAGGAUUUGAAGUUACAGCAGGCUUUUCGUCAUCAAAUCGUUGAUGUGAUUGAGAUGGCUGCAAAUUAUGUUUAG